AUGCCGUCAUAUUGUGAAGAAGAAGAUAUUGCUGACGUCAUACGGAAGCCUCGUAAUGGCGGUUGAUUUAACUCCUCGUUUCAGAAGGUUGAACAGUCAGACCAGAAGUUUUCGUGAGAAUAUUCAAAAUGGUUUCUCGGGGCCCUUCGGUGCCACCCAGUUGUGGCACAACAUCAUCCGGGCCCUGCAGCUCCAGGUGGAGGUGCGCCGCUGCAGGAGGCAUCUGCGCGUCCACGCCGAAUGUUUCACGGGCUCGGACGCCGUGGACGCCGUCCUCAGUUAUUUGAUGCAGAAUGUGGUGUUUUGCACGAGUGAGGUGUCGCGCCUCAAAGCCGCUCGACUCUGCCAGGCUCUGAUGGAGGCCAAGGUGUUCGAACCGGUGGGUACGAAGCUGUUUCGCAGGGACAAGGAAGCGACCUUUGAGGACAGCAGCUGCAGCCUUUACCGUUUUCUGGAGUACAAAGCAUUACCCUAUUCUGCCACGAAGGAGGGAGAUGGUGACACGGAAAACAUGCCACCGGAGGAACAGGGGCUUAAGAGGAAGAAGAGCUCCAGGCUGCAUGAGCUGAGGACAAUCUCCAAUCCCCUAGCCGUCGGAUCGUCAGACAGGAGGGUUGAGAGGCUGCUGAGGACCAUCAACCUGCGUCCAACCUGGUCUCCGGCUUUACACGCCGCCCCCACCGCUCCCGCCUUUCUGUCCAAAGCUGUGGUGGAUGAGAUUUGGAAGCAGCAGACUCUGCUGCAGCUGCUGCACAUUGUGGAGUUGCCCAUGCUGGACUGCAUCCUGACCUCUCCCGCCAGGGUUCACCUCCGGACCUGCAGAGCUCCUCUGGCCACCCAGGACCUGGUUAUCUCCAACACAUGCCUGGAGAGGGAGCUGCCCGACACCCUCAAUCUGCCCAAGCUGGAUGGCUGGCUGGCGGCGGCCGCGGACUGCUUAGAGCUCUUUCCCGACCAGCUGAUCGUGGUCGCUGGGGAACAGCUCAGCCAUAAAGUCGUCGGUGCCUUUUCAGCGGAUGGCCGGGCGGAGCAGACGGCGAGCCAAAAGAGACUGCUCUUUGACACCAUCGCCAAGUACUACAGUGGACAGGAAAAAGGCCCGCUUCUCUCAGGACGCCACGUGGACAUACAUGCUGCAAUUCUACGUUCGCUGGAUGAAGGGAAGGUGCAGGAGGCCAUCAAAGCAUCUCAGUUGUGUUUCCGACUGCUGGAGACGAGCGUGAGAGACGAGCUCCGCAGACUUCUGGCCUUCAUGGCUACAGCAGCUCGCCCGGAUGCUUGCCGUCUUCAGAAACAGAUGGAUAACAGGUUCUCGGUCUGCCGCGCGUUUCAGAGAGCAAUCGUCCAGAAUCAUGAGCUGACUCGAGCCCAGAGCGAAGCGCUGGUGCUCUUCCUCAUGGACCAUUGCACGGAGCUUUUCAAGACUCCCACAUGCCUUAUUGAAGCUGUGAGGAGAACACUAAGGACUCUGCAGCAGGGAAAGGACCCUGACUCAAUUGCCACGUUCACCUUCUGCCAGCAGGCGACGCCACAGGAGUACGAGGAUCAGCGAGAGGCCACCAUGCUGGAGAGCCUCAAGCAGCUCUUGCACCACAUUUCCUCCAGCAGAACCGUGGCCGUCAAGGAGAGGAGGCGGCUGCUCAAGGAGUUUGAAAAGCACCACCCUGUGGUCUUCCUCCAGCAUUUCUCCAGCACCUUCUGAAACCCACUGACGGGCCACUGGUUUGGCUUCACAUGUGCACUUCACGUAGCCAGCGGGUCUUUUUAAUAAUCCUCACAAUUUGAAGCAUUUUGAGGAGUAAGUCUGCUUGUCCAAGCCAUGGGUGUAAUUCAAGUUGUGAACGGUUUUGCACUAUUUGACUUAUCAGCUCAUAUAUAUCAGGUGCCUGGAUGGCGGUCGAGCUGUGAAAUCCAUUUGCUUUAAGUGAAGAAACACUUUUCAACUGUACAUUGACACUGAUUACGUUGUAAAGAUGAAUAAUGUUUAAAGAGGGCGUUUGCUUUAGCACUCUAUGUUUUACUGGCUUUACUGUAGAAUACCAUGUGCCAAGAAGAAAAUUACCUUAAAAGGAAUCUCUGAAGAAGAAAUGCUCUUGACUUUGAUCGGGCCGCAUUAAUCAGCCAGUUGUUUUGAAGCUGCAAUCGGUGGGAAGCUGCGCUAGUGAUCGGUGCGUUUCCUGGUCCAGGGAUGGAUGCUGUGUUUGAAAAAAAUAUUGGCUAUAAUGCUACUGUCAAAUGAACACUAACACUAUUAUAACUAUUAUUUUUGUUGGGUUGCUUUAAUGUGGUUAAGGAAAAAAUUAUGCUAAAUAAGUAAAACACUUGACUUGUUUUUGUUAGCAAUGAAGAUGGAGCAUUCUGUGGAGAUUUUACAUUUUUUUUACAAACAUGAAAUUUAAGCAGAAAGGGUACGAUAAUGAAGCUCAGUUUAAUUUACAUGGGUUUUAAGCAUUGUUUUAGUGCCAGCAUAUUGAUCAAAUGCCUUACAUUAAUUGUGGGAAUUUUGUAUUUGAGAAGGAAGUGUCUUUCUAAAUUGUACGCUAAAUAAUGACUUAAUAUUAUUUUAGACUAAUAUGAUGGCUGAGUUGGAUUUUCAAGUCAUUUUCAGGAAAAUCUCAUUUCAGUCUGCCUUUUUUGAUCUCUACAUACACUGAAAUUGUGUUAGAUUGCACUUUAUGACGCUGAAACAGCGUUAUUUUGUUUUGUAACAAAGGGUCUAAUAAAAGUUGAACUGAU